AUGGAAUUCCUUUGUUCAGGUACACGCAUAUUGCAAACAAUCAUAUUGUCGUUGACAAUAUCUUCAUCCUUUCGAUUUGUACAGCUAUUCGUCUUAAAGCAGCUCCAUUGCGAAAUGCUCAGUCCUCACAAAUUGCGCCAAAUGGCCGAAAUAUGCUUUGAUAAAUGCGCUGUUCUGCAGCGUCACUUGCAAUUCUGCGGUACCAACGAAGCCUCAUCUGCGCAACUUAUGAAAGAGAUGCUUACAUUAUCACAACAAGGAUAUCGUCUGCAAGCAUUGACUGACGGUGACCAGUCGUCCAACAUUCCCAAAUCAUCUCGAGUGCUUAAUGCAGAUGUUUGCGGAACAACUUCAUCCUUAUCGAACGGAACGCGUUUUAUUAUAACAAUACCUUUUCGCGAAAAAGUAUCAACUUGUCCAUUGAUGGCUGUAAGAAGGGGUUGA